CUCUCUCUCUCUCUCUCACACACACACACACACACACAUACAUUCUACUAAUUAACUUUUGUUGUGACGCUUUAUUAAAUAUCCCCACUAUUAUCAGAGCUUACGGAAAGCAGUUUGAGAGAAAUGGGGAGAGGAAAGAUAGAGAUCAAGAGGAUAGAGAACACUAGCAACAGACAAGUCACCUACUCAAAGCGAAAGAAUGGAAUCAUCAAGAAAGCUAAAGAAAUCACUGUUCUUUGUGAUGCUAAUGUCUCUCUUGUUAUCUGUGGCUCUUCUGGAAAGAUGUAUGAAUACUGUAGCCCCAAAACCAACUUGAUUGACAUGCUGGAUCGAUAUCAAAGGCUUUCUGGAAAUAAGUUGUGGGAUGCAAAACAUGAGAAUCUGCAGAAUGAAAUUGAUAGAAUCAAGAAAGAGAACGAAAGCAUGCAAAUUGAGCUCAGGCACUUAAAAGGGGAAGAUAUAACAUCGUUGAACUAUGAAGAGCUAAUUGCGUAUGAAGAUGCACUUGAAAAUGGACUCACCAACAUUCGUGAGAAAAAGGAUGAAAUCCCUAAAAUCAUGAGGAAGCAUGAACAAGUACUGGAGGAAGAGAAUAAGCAUCUAAUGUAUCUUGUGCAACAAAGUGAAAUGGCAACCAUGGGAGAUUACCAAGGUCAAGAGCCUUUUUCCUUUCGUGUCCAGCCAAUGCAGCCUAACUUGCAUGAAAGGAUGUAAUUGCAAUGUUUUUAUAUAUGCAAGCCUUCAACUUCAUGAAGCUUGUAAACCCAGUGCUAUAUGGUUGGUAAUAUUUCAAGUAUGCUGAUUUAGUAGGGUAUCUUGUUAAUAAGGGUUUUCUCUUGGGAUUGCCUUGGUGCAUGUAACUGUGUUUCAAACUUAUGGUGUAGGCCUAUUGAAAUUGGGUCAAUAUUUCAGCUGGUCAUUUGCACCGAUAGUGUUCGAUUGUGUGUA